UCACGAACCUAACCUCCUUGUCCCACUAACCUGAGGCCCGCCCCUCUCAUUCCCAAAGCCCUCCUGGCCAUUCAGCACCUCACAGGUCAUUAGCACCAACGCAAAGACCGAGUGGCAGAUACUUUGAACACGUCGCUAGUCAUUUGUAGGGCACUUAGCGUUAGUUAUGCCUCUCCGGGUAGUGGUGCAGGGUCCUGGGCCCUGGGGAUUCAGGCUGGUUGGAGGAAAAGACUUCGAGCAGCCGCUGACUAUUUCCCGGGUGACUCCUGGAAGCAAAGCAGCCGAUGCCAACCUCUGUAUUGGUGACGUGAUCUUAGCUAUUGAUGGUGAAGCCACAGACAACAUGACUCACUUGGAAGCACAGAACAAAAUUAAGGGGUGCAUACAGGAGAUGGCACUUUCUAUAGACAGAUCAGAGAAUAAGUUGUGGUCGCCACUCUCUUCAGGAGAAGGAAAGUCGCAUCCCUACAAGAUGAAUCUUGCAUCAGAGCCACGGGAAAUGAAACAAAUAGGCUCCGCCUACAACCGGAGUGCUCUGCCAUUCUCCAGUUUUGGUUCCAAGGUUGUGACCAACCAGUACAACAACCCAGCUGGCCUCUACUCCUCAGAGAAUAUCAACAACUUCAACUCAGCUGUGGACGAAGUCAAAACCUUGACAACCACCAACGAGGCCGACAAUGUAGCUGCAGAUCCAACAAAGUCCACCAAGCGGCCGCCUAUAGCGGAAGAUUCCGAGGUUUCCAAAAUGCUGCAAGAGAACCAGGAGUCUGAUCAGCCCCCUCGACAGUCUGCUUCCUUCAAGGUGCUUCAGGAGAUUCUUGAGACGGGCAAUUCUGACAGACCAUCAGGGUUCAGGAGUGUGAAAGCACCGACAACAAAGAUUGGCUUCUCCGUUGGAAAUGUUGAGAAGUUGCCCAUCUGUGAUAAAUGUGGAUCGGGGAUUGUGGGGAUUUUGGUGAAGCUGCGUGACAAGUUCCGACACCCUGAGUGCUACGCUUGCACAGACUGCGAUGUCAACCUGAAACAGAAGGGACAUUUCUUUGUGGAAGACCAGAUUUACUGCGAGAAGCACGCACGCGAGCGAGUGACCCCGCCCGAGGGCUACGAUGUGGUCACGGUCUUCCCCAAGUAGAGAGAGCAAGGAGUUCAGCCUCAGACUGCACACUAGUUUUUAAGACACUUCAAUACAUUUCGCUUCUACUUGUACACUCUUGUGUAGACACUGGCAGAGUGGACGGGACAUGUUCAUUUGCACGUAAGAGCUUUGGCAUUUGCAAUACAACGUAAAAGCUCCAUACUUAUAGAGUACAGUACAUUCAUGUUUUGCCACUGAUUUGAAUGAUAAUUAGGGCAGUAUUCACAGGAAAAGAACCACUGUCUUUCUGGAUGUUUGUUAAUGAUACUUUUUUUAACCCUCAUGGGAACAAGGGACUGUCAUGCUCGACAACACAAAAAAUGCAUAAUUUUUGUACUGUUUUUAUUGAAUAGUCCAACUAUUAUAUAAAAAAAUGAAAAAAAUCUCAAAAACAUUUUAAUACCCAUACCAAAUAAAUAUUUUAGUUGUUAA